CCAAAGCCUUUGACUUCAGUGUUAAUGGACAGGACAUGCAGUUUGCUCUGUAAGAAUCCACAACUUUUUGAAAGUUUAUGCUAAACAGUGACAACUUGAGUCAGUUCAAGUUUCGUGUGGUUUAGUCUACAAGGUGGUGUCUGCAGAAGCCUCUCCAUUGCCUGACUGAACAAGUGCAGGAAGUGGUGUGUAUACAGCUCUACAAAGAAAUUUCAGGCAGUUUUGUUUGUGUUUCUUAGAUCAUCUUCCCAAGGGAAGGAAGCCCAAGUGCCACACAAGAUGUUUGUGCUUCGUGGAUCCCAGAAUCUUCAGAUUCUGUAUGAAUCCUUGGAAAAGAACAUCCCUGAGUCCCUGAAGGUAUAUGGUGCCAUUUUCAACAUUAAAAAUAAAAACCCAUUCAACAUGGAGGUGCUGGUGGAUGCCUGGCCAGAUUAUCAGAUGGUCAUUACUCGGCCUCAGAAAGAGGAGAUGAAGGAUGACUUGGAUCAUUAUACCAACACUUACCACAUCUUCACCAAAGCUCCUGACAAGUUAGAAGAAGUCCUAGCAUGCCCCCAGGUUAUCAACUGGGAACAAGUCUUCCAGAUCCAAGGUUGCCAGGGGACCUUGGGUGAGGCAAUAAGAAAGAUUUCAGCCUCAAAAUCAGUGCAGGUGGAUUACUUGAAGACUGCACUCUUCAGGCUAGAAACACCAAGGAAACACAAGACUUCAAGUGAUGAAAAGAUGGAAUUGACUGAGCUAUUUAAAAUGCAUAAAGUGGAUGAAGAUAAGAAGAAGGGAAACUCUCUGAAUAUUUUCUUGGAUCCCUCACAUGCAGGCCUUGUAAAUCAACAGUGGGAAUUUGGGAAAAAUGAGAGGAGCUUGAAAUACAUUGAACGCUGCCUCCAGAAUUUUCCAGGAUUUGGUGUGCUGGGUCCGGAGGGGCAGCCUAUCUCUUGGCUUGUCAUGGAACAGUCCUGUGAAUUGAGAAUGGGUUACACUGUCCCCAAAUAUCGAGGACAAGGCAACAUGUGGCAAAUAGGUUGUCAGCUGGAAAAGUAUUUUUUUCAGAAGAAGUCACCAAUUUAUUUACAUGUAGCAGAUAAUAAAGAGAAAGUGCAAGAUAUAGCGAAAGGUUUCGGGUUAAUGGUUAGCCCUUGUGGCUGGCAUCAGUGGAAAUGUACCCCCGAGAAAUAUUGUUGAUUAGAGCCAUUGUUCAUUUCACACCUUUCCUAUCAGUGGAAACAUAUUCAUACAAACAUGAGCAUGGUGAUCUACAUUAGCCACAAACGGCAUCCAAUUAUCUGGGGUCUGUGUGUUCCUUAAGCCCACCCUUAUAUAACAUUUUUUGUCCUCCUUUUUCAUAUGCUCACAGAAAAUUAGAAGCGCCCCUCUUUAGGGUCAUACUUUUCCUUUAUAGUUACAGAGAUUUUGGAUUUCAAAUCACCCACUGCCAAUCAUGAGUACCAAGAGAACUCUUUAAAAGGAAUACUUUCUUUCCUUGAAGACUUCUUUGAUGAAAGAAUUCUCUUUGUUUAUGCUUUGUUUAUGU